GUGAGAGCAGCUUCUGCGUUGCAUUGCAUUACAUUAGCUUCUAUCCUCAGUAUGGGACCAUCUUAGACAUAUCUGAGUCACCCAACGACAAGACUUUCUUUUGUUUCUGCAAGCAAAUAUUCAAGCCACCAGAAUUUGAGCAUACUGCAGCAGAUCGUCCGGUACGGACGAAGUGGAAUGGAGUGGAGUAUGGAUUUGGCUCCGGCGCUCGCGUCCAUGGAUGGAAAAUGUUCGAGGAGCUCUGCCGCCGGGGAAGGGACCGGUUCCGAGACAACCGGCGCCAACGGAGACGACGGCGGUAUAAGAAUAGGAGGAUUCAUGCUGUUUGGUGUGAGAGUCAUGAUUGAAGGAUCGUUCAGGAAGAGUGCUGGUAUGAACAAUCUAGUUCAGUUCGACCAGCCUCAGCCUCAGGACUCCAACAAUGACGUUGCUGCGGGAUAUGCCUCCGACGACGUCGUUCAUCCCUCAGGGAGGAGCCGUGAGCGGAAAAGAGGAGUGAAGAGGAGCACAGGCUGUUCUUGUUAGGGCUACAGAGAGCUGGGGAGGGGGAUCUCAAGGAAUUAUGUGAGAACGAGGACACCUAGUCAAGUGGCAAGCCAUGCUCAGAAAUACUUCCUCCGCCGGAGAUCCAGUCUCUUUGACAUCACAACUGAUGCGGUGGUCGCUUGUGGGCUCUUCCUCAACUUCAAUUGAGGAGGAGAAGGAGGAUCAAAUGCCUCAGGAGAACACACCUCAGCCUCAGCCACCACCGCAGAGCCUCCUCCCGAACAAUCCUGACAAGCUUCCCCUGUCGUCGUCUUUUCCUGUGGCCAUAACUCCACUGGCUGUGGCUGUGGCUGUGGCUGUGGCUGUCCCAAUCCCUACAGACAACCACAGCCCCCCCAUGGAAAUGGAAAACCACCCCUCAAUUGGACAAGUCAAUCAGCUCACCAAUUCACCCGAGCCCAUAACUCCAAUCCCAAUUCUACCCUCUUCUUCUUCCAAAAUGACCAAUUUGAAGCUCAACAGAGCCACAACCAUCGAGCCUCCAUCCUUGUCUCUCAACCUGUCUACAUCAUCCUCACCUCCAUCGAACCAGGAACAGUCACCUUCCACACGGCAGGCAUUGGCCUUCCAAUCCAAUAGCUUUAAUGGGGGGGGUGGGGACGCCAAUGGCAAUAGCAAUAGCAAUAGCAUCAUCAGCGUGGCAUGAUGGGAACUUGUUGAUAGUGAUGUCUGUGUUGUAAAGUGCCCGGGGAAGGCAAGGGGAAUCUCUUUCUUUAUCUUCUUCAAGAACUACGAUAAAAUCGUAUAUUCUAUUGCUCCAGCAAGUUGGAUUAAACUUGUGAGGAUGAGAUUUAGUAUGUGUAUAUUAUAUUGUUUGGGUGAUUAUUAUUAUUAUUUUGUAAUGAUUACCUAUUGUAUAAAUUUGGUGGGUAUAUCUAUGAUGAUUGUAAAGGUUGUCGUUUUCACUCAGCAGGUCCGGUCCGGUCCAUCUGAAUGUCUUUUAUUUACAUUACAGCAGUGGUAUGCUGCAUUCAUACUAAGAAAAUAGCCGACAUGACAAAUGCAACUUAUAUUAAGUUACCACCCUAAUUAUUUGUCCAAAUUGAAAGCAAUUACUACUCCACAGAUUUGUA